AUGACUCGCUCUAUUCUUCCUCCUACCGUGGUCAAUCGUCACGGGCGCGCGGCAGUCCAGUCACCCACCACACUCGUGCUUGGCUUCAUUCCCGUUUUUACCUUUGGACUGGGAUACUGGCAGAUCAAGAGGCUCAAGUGGAAGUUGAGCUUGAUUGAAGAGCUGGAGGAUAAGCUGCAGAUGGAGCCGAUGCGCUUACCUAGAAAAGUAAAUCUGGGAGCUUUGGACGAUUUUGCAUUUCGCCUCGUCGAGGUGGACGGGCAAUUCGACUACAGCCGACCAAUCUUUGUCGGCCCACGCGUCCGGGAAGGCGCUUUAGGCUACCACCUCGUCCUGCCUUUAGUACGGCCAGAAGGACAUGGUGAUGCGCUCCUCGUCAACCGUGGCUUUGUCGCCGAGACGCAGCUAGAAGGGACAGGAAGCAAUCGCAGACUCAAGAAUAUGCCGACGGAGAAGGAUGUGCAAAAGCAGACAAAGGUGCUGGCGCUGCUGCCGCGCGUCUACCCUCCCAAUGCAUUUACGCCGCCCAACAAGCCAGAGAAGAACGAGUGGUUCCACGCCAAUGCGAACGAAAUGGCAUCCUUCUACACCGGUCAGCAGCAACAGCCAGAACAGGUUGUCAUCCCUGUCUAUCUCGAGGAGAUCUUCGCGGGCAAUGCGGGCGAAGCGGCUGCUCGCAUUAGCGCUGGCGCGCCUGUCGGACGAGCACCGACGAUCGAGUUGAGGAAUCAACACGCCGUUUAUGCGGCUACGUGGUUCUCGCUCUCUGCUGCCACUUCGGUCAUGUUUGGCUUGCUUGUGCGAAGAGCGCGCUGAAUGUCGAGACGAAUAAUCCUAGAGAGUGUAAUCGAAGCGAUCGGCACUCCAUCCGAAUCCAUUCGGUUUUGUCCACUGGCUGCC